AUGUCUAAUCACGGAAACACUACAGGAGUCAAUGAAGGACCCUCAUCCUUCGAGUCAGCCAGCACUGGAAGUUCUGUUGCCCACUCAACAUCUGAGACCCAUUCAAAGAACAACGCCAGCUCUUAUGAGACAUUCGCCGAUCUCCCUGUUCAUCGUCAAAUUGAUCUCGCUGACCGUUCUGGAUUUACCGUUAGACAAUUAACCAUUGCCAACGUGCCAGUUUGUUCCGAAGGAUGUGAAGCUGAAUUAAAAGUCUUAGCAGACUUGACAGCUUACAUUAGAAACUCAAACUUCAAAGCUAGUCCUCCCCCAUCUCAAAAAAAUUUGCUUAUUUAA